UUCAGCGCCCGCCCGCCCCCAUGCCCCCGCCGCCGCACCACGCCUUCCAAACCCCGCCAUUGAAAACAUUCCCUCUCGUCUACGUACAAGCGGAUUGCACUCCCCAAAACCCGGCCAUUAACACGCGUGAGAGGCGGGCGUGAUGGCGGCGGCGGCGGACUGGAAGGAGGAGCAGUCGGUGGUGGAGGACGGAGACAUCGAGGACUGCCUGCUCGGCGGAGUCCGCGGCGGCAGCGACGACGAGGUGGAGGCGGAAGCGGGGUCGUUGAACUCCCAGCGGUGGCCGCGGAGCUUCCGGGAAGCUACUGACUCCUUCACAAUUGCUGCGCCUCCGGGCUUCGGUCACCUGGGCGGCGGUGACGGCAGUGGCCUGGGCUCUGACCUGAAGCUGCCCCUUUUGUCGGACAAGCCAGAGGGGAAGCAAGAUUCAGUCAAGAACUUGCUAGCAGAACCUUUGGUUUCGGUGCUAAGUGAUGGGAAGCUCACAGAUAAUUUGAAACAAGCUGCAACAGCCCCAAUCACCCAGGGAUGCAGCCUAACACAAACUGUAUUCAAUGGGGUCAACGUGCUUGCUGGUAUUGGCAUUUUCUCUGCUCCAUACACGAUUAGUGAGGCCGGAUGGGCCAGCCUUGUGGUUCUGGCUUUUUUCGCUAUUGUUUGCUGCUACACUGGGGUUCUUCUCAAGUAUUGCUUUGAGAGCAAAGAUGGUGUUAAAACCUUUCCAGACAUUGGAGAGGCAGCCUUUGGGAGGAUCGGUCGUCUUCUCAUUUCUAUUGUUCUGUAUACAGAGCUAUAUUCCUUUUGUGUGGAGUUCAUUAAUUUGGAAGGUGAUAAUUUAGCAUCAAUAUUCACAAGCACCACUUUUGAUUGGCAUGGAAUUCAUGCUGACGGGAAGCACUUCUUUGGAGUGUUAUUUGCUCUCGUUGUCUUGCCAAGUGUAUGGUUGCGUGAUCUUCGAGUGAUAUCUUAUGUUUCAGCUGGUGGUGUGUUUGCAACUCUUCUGGUUUUCCUAUCCGUUGGUUUAGUUGGUGCUACCAGCAGCGCAGGAUUCCAUAUGACGGGGAAAGCAGUGAAGUGGGAUGGUAUACCCUUUGCUAUUGGGAUUUAUGGUUUUUGUUAUGCUGGGCACUCGGUAUUUCCAAAUAUCUACCAAUCAAUGUCCGAUCGCUCACAAUUCAACAAGGCACUGUACAUAUGUUUUGCAAUUUGCACGACCAUAUAUGGUGCUAUUGCUGUUAUCGGCUAUCUCAUGUUUGGAGACAAGACUCUAUCACAAAUAACAUUGAAUCUUCCAAAAGAUUCAUUUGCUUCAAAAGUUGCACUGUGGACCACGGUGAUUAUUCCUUUCACGAAAUAUUCUAUAGUGAUAAACCCAUUGGCUCGGAGUAUAGAAGAGUUGCGUCCAGCAGGGUUUCUUACUGAUAGAGUCUUCUCUGUUACUCUGAGGACUGCCCUUGUUGCAUCAACUGUAUGCAUUGCCUUUCUCCUGCCAUUCUUUGGUCUUGUGAUGGCUCUCAUUGGAUCUCUCCUUAGUAUACUUGUGGCGCUCAUCAUGCCCGCCCUGUGCUUCCUGAAGAUCGCUCGGAAUAAAGCGACACGCUCGCAGGUCAUCGCAAGCGUCGUCACCGUGGUGCUGGGCACCGUCUGUGCCGUUCUCGGGACGUACAACUCGAUCGUCAAGAUUGCUGAGAACUACUGAGAAGAAGCAUCCAAGUUUGAGGCACAGGACGCGUCCAAGUCUUCCAUGACCCGUACGUCGCGCCGGCGCAGGGCGCCAUCGUGCCCUGUAACCCCGUACGUCUUUGAUCGUGCAUAGUGCAAACUGUGUUUUCGGUCUGUCGUCAGUGACCCAACGCCUGUACAGGGCACCAUCGUGCCCUGUAGGCCUGUAAUAAGAGGGGGGAUCCUGUGUCUGUCUGUCUGUCUGACCGUGUUUUAUGAAGACUUCAGUGUGCCUGUAUUAAAAAAAUUAAAUAUAAAAA